UUCUCCUCUCUCUCUCUCCCUCCCUCCCUCUCCCUCCCUCUCCCUCGUCAUGGCACUUUCGGCUCGCAAACGAGACCUCCGUGCCUACAUCGAAGCCCUGGAAGACGAGCGUCGCAAGAUACAGAUGUUCUCCCGGGAGUUACCUCUCUGCCUCGAGCUUAUCACCCAAGCGAUCGAAAUUAGACGGCAGGAGAUGGCUGACGAUGAGUAUUCAGGUGAAGUGCCGGUUGUAGAGGAGUUCAUUUCUCUGAAACCAACCUCUUCUUCUUCUCCCAGCGACAAAAGUCUCAAAUUGGCAGGUGAUUCUAAGCCCGAUUGGCUAAGAUCCGCUCAGUUAUGGGCUCCGUCUACGGUGGCCGGAGUAGAAACGUCGCCGGAAGAGAGCUCGAAGCUGAGAAAACCGGUGGCUAAGAUUGGAGGAGCAUUUCAGCUGCUUGAGAAGGAGAAGCCUUGCCCGCCUCCAGCGUCGGAGGUUCUUGAGAGCUCCAUCACCAUGGAGAACAUUGCUGCGCCCAGGAAGCAGAGGAGAUGUUGGUCUCCUGAGCUGCAUCGCAAGUUCCUGGACGCACUUGAGCAACUUGGUGGUUCCCAAUCGGGGACACCCAAACAAAUCAGGGAGCUGAUGAAGGUGGAGCGGCUGACAAAUGAUGAGGUGAAGUCUCAUUUGCAGAAAUACCGGCUACACACAAGGCGGCUGCCACCCACUAUUCAGAGCAGCAGUCGCAUCAGCCCUCAAAUCCCUCCACAGUUCGUGUUGGUAGGAGGUAUAUUGGUUCCUCCACCGGAGUAUGCGGUGGCGGCCUCUUCCGCUGAACAAAGCAGUGCGGCUUUCAAUGGACUUUACACGAGAAAUCCUCAAAUAAAACAGCCAAAGCAGCAGAAACAGCUGAAUAAUUUACCUUUCAGGCCAUCACAGUCAUACGAAGAUGAUAAUAAUAAUCCCGCAGAUCAUGAAUCGGAAACGAAAUCUGAUUCUUGCAACAUGUCAUCGGCCUCGCAGACCACAACUUUGCCUCUCUUGUGAGAUUUUUUUUUUUUUUGUUUAGGUCUCACAUUUGAAGAUGGUGAGGAAAGUGAACGAGCAUUCACAUUUAUUAUGCGUUUUUUUAACUGUAGAAGUAUGGAGUAGCAUACUUGGACCGGCAUGUUUUUUCUUACAUACAAUUAGAUUUGUAUGAGAGCAUAGCAUGAUUGAUGUCCAACGCUUCUGUUGCUUAUUUGGAGCGUUUUAUGAUUUGUUGAGUUUGAUUAAUUCCUAACUUUGGGAAAUUCGUGCCGAUCUCUUCUUUUAUACUG